GCACACCGUUGAAGAGGUCUUCCUUGACCACCUAAGUGCUGGCGUGCACACUGUUAUAAGAGGCUUUCUUGGCCACCCAAGUGCUGGCGGGCACACUGAUGAAUAGGGCCUUCUUGGCCACCCAAGUGCUGGCAUGCACACUAAUGAAUAAGUCUCACUUAGUUACCUAAGUGCUGAUAAGCACACCAUUGAAAGUGUCAUGUAUAAAAGGGCAAUUAACUGUCAUAAAGUAAAACCUGAGAGUAAUGAAUAAGAUCACAUACGCUGGUGUUCAGCCAGAGUCAUUAAGAGAGAUAAGCUUACAUUCUGCAGGGUGAUGUGUCACCAAGUAGGUGGUAGUUGUAUCACCAAUCAGUAGUUCAUUUAUGUUUCUUAAACUUACAGAUGGAGAAGUAAUCCGUAUCAAUGAGGUGAAAGGAAAGGUGUAAGGAAAGCCAUAUUGAGGAUCUGAUCACUGACAUAGGAACCUAUGAGUGAGUAAGAGUUACAUCCUAUCUACACAUACUGACUGGUAUUCGCGACGUCAGUCUAGUAUGUGUGCAUUCACAUCCCUACAAUAGAUUCAUAAUUCUUUGAUUAUAUACAUAAUUAUAGAUAGACAUAUAUAAGUGUAAAAGAGUCGUCGCGACAUGGAGAUGCUGGGAUAUUAAUGUCAGUCAGAUCUAAGAGUGGUAAAUGUGGCUUUCCUUCUCCUUUAUUUAUUCUGAUAUGAUGAUGUUUUACAAUUCAUAUGUGAUAGCAUUAUAAUUGGCAUUUGCUUGGUUAUAAAUAAGAAUAUCCAUGUGUAAAUGAGGCUGUAAGCUACCUAAAUAAAAUGAGUAGAAAAUAAUAUACAUGACAAGAGUUGUAAAGGCAUAUAAGACAAGUUUUAUGAUGAAAAUGAAUAAAUGUUCAAAAUUGGUCAUCUGAUAGUAAUACUGUAAAAGGGCACUAGAUGGCGGCACUGGUCUAUAUUCGUGGUUAUUACGAACGAACAUGAAAAGAAAUCUGAGGUGAAUCCAUAAUUCUCGACACGAUGACAUUCUAGAAUGAUUACGAUGAUUCAUAUUUUGGUUAAAUAUGUGCUGUCUGACAGAAAAGGUACGUAAAAGAGUUCUGUUGUAGAAAAAUGAUACGAAAAUUUGAUGAAUGAAACGACGCCAUUGUGGUAGAAAGCGGCGAAACGAGUUGUGAUCAAAUGAUGUUUUAUUUACGAGAUAUUGUGUUUGUUUGUGUUGUAAUUCAUUAUAGAAAAUGAUUUUAUGUUUUAUAAUGCUGUUUAUAUUUAUUUGUGUUCCCAAAUGACGUGAAUUUAUGAUUAUUGGUGUGUAAAGAAAAUACACCGGAAAUACUAUUUCUGUUUCGCGAGAACGAGAGAGAAAGAACCUUAGUGUUGCUAUUUAAUAAAAUGAUCCCGAUAGUGGGUAAAAUAUUUACGAGUGGGUAAAUAAUACUAAGUUGAAGUUCAUAAUUUUAUAUGAAAUUCUUGGUUGUUGUAAAUUGAAUUACGUAUAAAUUUAGAAGAAAAAAUUGUGUGUAUUAUUUAAUGGUAUACGCUAUUAAUGGAGAGUUGAGAAAUCAACAUAAUAUUUUUUAAGGUAUAUUCACUAGAGAGGAAUAUUUUAACGUGAUGUUGGCAACAUUACUUUGCUCGUUUUCUUCAGAAAAGUUUGACAUAGAGAGAUUGAAAAGUUCUUAUUUUAAAUAAAAUACCUUACGUUAAGAGUUAAAUAGUGAAUAGUUUCAUAUUUUGUGAUUGGAUUUACUUGGUGAGUAAAAGAAUUUGUUGAGAUAUCGUUAUAUUUCGAGAUUUUCGUAAGAUAAACUGUGAGAUUGUAAUCAUGGCUGAUGUAGUAAGUUUGUGUAUCUAAAUAUCGUAUAAUCAGUUUUCAUGAGUGAUAUUGAAGUUGUUUUACAUUGUAAACGCAAGUAAUGAGCUUGUUUUAUGAUGGAAUAUAGUCGGUACAUACAUACGUACUUACGAUAAUUAUUUUUGUCGAGUUUUCUCUGUUAUGGACAAACGCCAUUAUAUUUUGAAUUUUCUAGCUAAAAAGAAUUAUAAGUUUAUGAAUGUACUUGUCGUAAAGAGCAAUAAUAGAAUACUUACCUGAUUACGAUUAGAGAAAAUCUAAAUGUUUGACGUUUGAAUACUUACUGUGUGUAAAUAUUUUCAGCUAAGAAUCUUGUUGGCAUAUACCGGUUUACUUACGAAUGAUGGAGUCAUUACUAAUUUCUAGACUCCAAGAUAUAAUAAAUCAUAUCGAGAUUGUGACGAAACAGUGCGAAACAUUCUUACAAAAGGAAAUAAGUGAUAUUGACAAACAGCAAGCAGAAAUUGCUACCAAGAAAUUGGAAAAUCUUCAUUCUCGUUUUUCAACUGAAUUAAACAAUUAUUUUCGAUUGAGUAUCGAACCAUCUGCUGAUGACAUCUCAAUGUUUAGUGCUAUUCAAUUAAAUUCCGAGGAAAUUCUCAUAGAGUUGACCAUAAAGUUAAAAGAUUUGCGUGAAGACCGAAGUGAACGGUCAAAUAAAGCUACUUAUAGUGAAUUACCAAAAUUGAACUUACCUGAAUUUAGUGGUGAUGUGUUGCAAUGGCAACAGUUCUGGGACCAUUUCACAUCAAAUAUUGAUAGUAGACACUUACCGGACGUGGACAAAUUAUUGUACUUGAAGGCUUCAUUAUCUGGAGAUGCGAAGAGAGCUGUUGAAGGAUUAGAAACUACAAAUAGAAACUAUGAGAUUGCUGUAUCGAUUCUUAAGGAACGAUAUGGUAAGGAACAUUACAUAAUUGAUGCUCACUAUUCUGCCUUAUAUAAAAUUAAGGCUGCGGACAAGACUGCUGAAGAUUGUCGGAGAACUCUUAAUGAAGUAGAGCGGCAUCUACGAGUUUUAAAUUCACUUGGUGAGAAUACUAACCAUAACCAUCUGCGGUUUAUUAUUAUUGAAAAGUUUCCUGAAGAGAUAGUGUAUGAGUUAAAGAUGUUGUUAAAGACAGAUUCUAUUGAAGAUAUGAGAAAACAAUUAGAGAUUAUUAUUUCAGCAAGAGAGGAUGCUAAUAGAAUUGCUCAAGAGAAAAGUCAAAAGGAAAUUAGACAUUACACGGUUGAGACAUUCCACGGUACAGAUAGUGUGAACCAACAUAACCCGUCAAGCGGUUCAAGAAGGUUUAAGAUCAAAGAACGUUUUAAGAAUUUAAAGGAUAAACAUCAGGAUUGGAAAAUGAAAAUGAGAUUUGCUCCUAACUACAAGAAUAAUAAUUACAAUAAUAAUAGAAUGCUUCCUAAUAAAAGAAAAUUUGAAAAUUCAUAUGAGAAAGACAUAAACAUGAAAAAACCAAGAUUAAAUUGUAUUUUCUGCUUAGGAGCACAUUACAAUGAUCAAUGUAAGACUGUAAGAACUAUUAAGGACAGACAAAUUAAAUUAAAGGGCCGAUGCUUUUAUUGCUUUGUUCAAGGUCACUGGAGUAAGUCAUGUAAAAUAAAUAAAAAAUGUAUACAUUGUGGAGGAAGGCAUAACAGAGCUUUAUGUCCAAAAGUUUGUGAUUCUGUGAAAGUGAAAACAUUGCAUACAAAUACUUCAGUCAAAUCUGGAAAUUCUACAACGGCGUUACAGACAGCAGUAGUUACUGUAUUCAAUGAAAAUAAAGGCGACAAAGUGAAUUGUCGGAUCCUUAUGGACUCUGGCAGUCAGCGUUCAUAUGUAACAAAGAGGAUUGCUACUGAAUUGAAUUUAGCUGUAAUAGAAGAACACCAUCUUUCCGUCUUCACCUUCGGAACUGAUCAACCAUUGGAAUAUGAUAGUCCAUUAGUGAAAUUAAAUAUACUUACCAGAACUAACGAAGAAGUCGUACUGUAUGCCAAUGUUGUACCAACCAUUACACAGCAUGUUAGUUAUCCCGGAGAAGAACUUUAUCAUUGGAAGAAUGAAUGCAUCUUGGCAGACGAUGGUUCACUUGGUGACCAAGUGGACAUCCUCAUCGGCAAUGACUAUUAUUUCACGGUUAUAGACACAACAAAGAAACAAAUAAGUGAGAACUUAUUUUUAGUGGAUUCUAAAUUUGGAUGGAUGUUGACAGGGAAAACAGAAAAGAAAACUAUAGAUAAUUUAUCAGUUAUUACUUACUUUCAGUCGAACAAAGAAACAAAAUUGAAUAAACCGGACUUACCUUUAGACAACAUGCACCUGAAAAACUUAUGGGACCUUGAAUGUAUUGGAAUUACUGACUCUCCCAACACUACUAAAGAGGAAGAAGCUAUGAAGAACUUUAAUGAUAACACAAAAUACAAGGACAAGAGAUAUUUUGUAUGCUGGCCAUGGAAUAACAAUGUUUCAAAUCUACCUACUAAUCUUGGACUAGUGACAGGAAGAUUAAUCAAUUUAUUAAGACGAAUGGAUAAAGACACAUUAAAGUUAUAUGAUGAGACAAUUAGAAACCAACUUGAAGAUGGAAUCAUUGAAGCUGUUCCCUCUGAUGAAAUAGAUCACAGUAUACAUACCAUACAUUACCUGCCACAUCAUGGAGUAAAGACACCUGGAAAAGCUGUUCGUAUUGUAUAUGAUGCGUCAGCAAAACUGAAACAAGGAGUUAGUCUCAAUGAAUGUCUUCGAGCUGGACCAGUAUUACUAGAAGAUUUAACAGGAUUAUUGAUAAGAUUCAGAUCUCAUAAAACAGCAAUAACAGCAGACGUUGAAAAGGCAUUUUUACAAAUUGGACUUCAAGAUGACAGUAAAGAUGUUACUAGAUUUCUAUGGCUCAAAGAUAUAACGAAAGCAGCUACUGAUGACAAUAUUAUACACCUUCGCUUUUGUCGAGUACCGUUUGGGGUCAUAUCUAGUCCAUUCUUGUUAAACGCUACUAUCAAAUACCAUUUGAUGCAGUCGGCUAGUAAGGCUGUACAGCAAGUUUCUGGCGACAUAUAUGUAGACAAUUUGGUUACUGGGACGAAGACGACAUUACAAGCGAUUACAUUAUACAACAAUUUAAAAAGAGAAUUUGAGAAGAUAUCUAUGAAUCUAAGAGAGUGGAGUUCCAACUCGAAAGAAUUUAAAGAGAAGAUACCAGAUGUACUUGACAAAGAAGUUGUCAAGGUUCUCGGCUUAGACUGGAAUACAAACAAAGAUACAAUCCAAUUGAGACCAAACAAUGUUGACUUACAAACUACUAAACGAGGAGUCUUAAGGACAAUUGCUUCUACUUACGAUCCAUGUGGUUUUGUUGCACCAUCGUUGUUGUCACCAAAAUUGUUCAUGCAAGAUCUGUGGAAAAGUAAAGUUAAAUGGGAUUCAAAGUUACCAAAAGAAUUAUUUGAAGAAUGGAGAAACAUAUAUAAUAAUUUAGAAAAUGAACAGGAAGAAAUACCCAGAUAUUAUACAAAGGACUUUGAAAGUAAAGAAAAUCAGUUACAUUGUUUCACAGAUGCAUCAACGAAGGCUUAUGCAGCUGUAGUAUAUAUAGUAAAUGAAAAUGGCAAAGGAUUUGUAAUAGGUAAAUCACGGUUAACACCUAUCAAGGACCAAGAUAAUUUGAAAAUACCUCGUCUAGAAUUAUUAGGCGUGCUGAUUGGCAGUAGACUAUUGAAGUAUGUUGAGAAAUCUUUGCAAAUUAAAAUAAGAAAACAAUUCUUAUGGACAGACAGUCAGAUUGUCAUCGACUGGUAUAAUUCAAACAAGUUAUUAACACCUUUUGUCUCUAGAAGAAUUGGAGAGAUAAAACAAAACAAGAAUCUUACUGUACGAUAUGUUCCAACAGAGUUGAAUCCUGCAGAUGUUGCAACACGCCCUAAUAAAACUAAACAAGAGAAAACAUACUGGCUUAAGGGUCCAGAUUUCCUUCUACAGAAUGAAAAUACAUGGCCUACUAACUUAUUAAAAGAACUUUCACUUCUGACAUCAGAAGAGCCUUUGAAGAUGGGUGAACAUUUGGAGAAUGUUCAUGAAGCUACAAAGCCAUUAAAUAAUAAAGAAGAAAGUAAAAGUAGUAAACACGAUAGUAAGUCAAAAGAAAUAGAAGAAAUGAAAAGAAUACAAGCAACUUAUUUUCCUGAUGAGGUUAAUAUGAAAGAAACUGCUUUAAGUCGUAAUCUACGAUUAUUUAAAGAUGAUGAUGGUUUGUUAAGAAGCAAAGGAAGAUUUGAAAAUACUGAAUGGUCGUUUGACAUGAAAUACCCAAUUUUAUUGCCCAAGAACUGUGACUUCACAAAUAGUUUAAUAAAGAGAAUACAUGAAGACAACUACCAUGUUGGAGCAAAUCAUACAUUGAGUUUAAUUCGGAAGUUAUACUGGAUACCACAGGGUAAAGCCCAAGUUCAAAAGAUUAUAAGACAGUGUUCGAGCUGUAUCAAGCAUGGAGGCGGUCCAUUCAAACUUCCGCCUACUCCUGCACUUCCUGCUGAGAGAGUGAACUAUAGUUCACCUUUUACAUUUACUGGACUUGAUUAUUUAGGACCAAUAUUAGUAAAGACUGAAAAUGGAGUUUCCAAGAGGUGGAUUUGUUUAUUCACUUGUUUAGCUGUAAGAGCUAUACAUCUAGAAAUGGUACAAGAUUUAUCUGCUAAAGAAGGGCUACUUGCUCUAAGACGAAUGAUUUCUACAAGAGGGACUCCUGGUUUGAUAGUUUCAGACAAUGCUUCACAAUUCAAACUUAUAUCAGAGCUUCUAACCAAUCCAUACUGUAAAGAGAAUAAAAUUACAUGGAAAUUUAUACCACAGUUAUCACCAUGGUUUGGUGGUUUUUAUGAGAGACUAGUGAGUCUAGUAAAGCAUUGUAUGAAGAGAACAUUGCAUAAACAUUUGUUAAAUGACAGUGAAAUCAAUACAGUUAUUAAAGAAAUUGAAGCUAUUUUAAAUACAAGACCACUUACCUGUGUCGAUUCAGAAAUGGUGCAUAUACUGAAACCAGCUGAUUUUUUGAUGAUGGGUAAAUGUAUCAGGACAGAGACAAUAAGUGCUAAAGACAUUCUUAUUGAAGGCACAACAACGAAACAAGAUUUGAUUCAAGGCUGGAAAAGAGCUUUAGUCAUUCUGGAUGAGUUUAAAGACAUGUUUAUGAACCGAUACCUUUCUAGUCUUCGGGAAAGAUUUCAAAAUUCAUUAAAGGAGCCAAGAAUUAAGUCUCAGUUAUUACCUAAAGAAGGACAGGUAGUACAAAUAAAAGGAGAUACAAAAAAUAGAGAAGAUUGGAAAGUGGGUAGAAUAGUCUCACUUACUACAAGCAAAGAUGGAUUUUGUAGAGUAGCUAAUGUUAAAGUUGGAAACAAGAUAUAUACGAGAUCAAUCACUCAGUUGUAUCCGCUUGAAGUCGAGGAUUUUGAUAAUGAGAAUAUUGAGAAUAGUUCUGAAAAUAUUGGUCAAACUCUAAAGAGAACAAGAAUAGUUGGUUCUGUGAAUGAUUCAAGGCCUAUAGACAUUCCUGAAGAGGUAAUUACUAAUAUACAAAAUAAAGAUAAUGAUAUAGAAAUGCAAACUGUAAGAGACAGCACUAAACGAAUAAUUGAUGGGGUUACUGAAGUUGUCAGUGAACCAGAUAAUGAUAUUACUGAAGUUGUUAAUGAAUCAGAAAAUGAUGUUAAUGAACAAGAGAAUGAUAAUAAUGAGUCUAGACCGGUGCGUGCCGCUGCCACGAGAGCCCUGGAAAAGAUAAGGGAAUGGACGGCCAACUUGGUCGCCCUACUAUGACAAGUUCUUCGUUCGUCGGGAGUGUCGUGACGAAGGCUGGUCGACGCCGUCACGAUGUCCCUAAAAUUCUUCGUUCGUCGGGAGUGUCGUGACGAAGGCUGGUUGACGCCGUCACGAUGUCCCUCAAAUUCUUCGUUCGUCGGGAGUGUCGUGACGAUGAGUCACGAUUCUAAAUAUGGAAUGUCACAAGUAGCAACACCGAAACGGAAGCCCGCUAAUUUUUCUAUCAAUGGAGAAGUAAUCCGUAUCAAUGAGGUGAAAGGAAAGGUGUAAGGAAAGCCAUAUUGAGGAUCUGAUCACUGACAUAGGAACCUAUGAG